CGUGGUGCGCGAACUUGCUUUGCUGUUUGCAGCCGUCAGCGAUGCAGAUCCGCGUCAAGCAAGCAAUUGACGAAGCUGUUCCUCCCCCCUAUGAAGAGAAAGAGCGGAUUUUAGUUGGAACAGCCCAAUGUACAGGUAUCGCAGGUGCACCGACCUUAUUGGCCCCGAUACGCACAGACUUGCAACGGGAAAGGCAAUGGUUGAAAGAAGAGCAGCAGCGACUGGAAGGGGCACAGACAGAGCUGAACGAACAGCAAUGCAAUCUAGAUCAAGGCAUACGUAAAUUUGAGCAACGACAAGGAUCAGAGAAACGGCCACUGACUGAGGAAGUGCACCAUGCUCUAGAGAAAGGGCGACAGGAUCUAGAGAACCGGCGAAAGGCUGUAAAGAACCGGGAAAAGGAAGUAAUGAACAGGAGACAGGCUCGGGAAAACCGGCGACAAGCUCUACAGCGAGCAGAGCGAGACGCAAUCGCUGCGGCGUUGGGCAAAUUCCGUGAUAGCCAGGUGGAUGACUGGAAAAAUCAAAACACUGUUGCUGCUCUGCUUUUUUCCGGUGCACUGGGCUUUCUUUCUGGGUCAACUGUCGGACAUAAUACACGGGCUCUUAUGUUGCUCGGUAGCGUUGUUGCAUUAUUCAGUGUUAUGACCGGAACUGCGAUCUGCCUUGGCGAAAACAGUCAACUUUGGCACGACGGGUUUGUGGGAGCGCUGGAAAUUGGGCCGCACGCAGGAGGCGAGAAGCGCGAAAUCGGAAUAUAUCACCGUGGAGGAGUUGAAGGAGAAGCAUGA